AACAUUAUUACUAUUACUAUUAUUUUUUCAGGAUACUUAUGUUGCGGAGUGCACAGAGAGUCAUGGCUCUGAUGCUAGUUCGUGGCCACGCAUGGAUAACGAGGCAUGGGUUAAGGCUGUUGAAGGUUGCUCAUCUAAUUUCAUGCUAGGGAUUGGCUCCCAAGUAAAUCCAGAGAUGGCAAUUGCACAAUCUGUUGCAGCAGCUCUAGCCGCUCAUGGCAUCUCCCCUCAGGCAGGUCAUCAUCUAGUUGCCCCACCACAGCCGUCACAUGGUCCUGGCUCAAGUCUUCGCAUGAAUUCAGCUUUCACCUACUCCACUGAUUCUACACAAACCUCUCAUAUGGUUCUUGAAUAUCAACAACAACAGCAGCAGUUUUCGCCUCAAGAUGAUGAUGCAUACCAUCCUAUUUUUGAGCCAGACUAUCAAGGUCCUUAGUGUUUUUAUUUUUCUGCUACACACAUUAUCUAUACACUUUGCGUGGUUGGCUUUAUUUUUGUUAGUACUUUAAACUGUUAGCUUUAGCUUUUCAUUUCAUUAUGAUAUCUUUUCUUAUUUUGCUUGACCUCCAGUGAUCAUACUUCAAAAGGUAUGAAGUUUUGGAUUGCUUUGGAGGUUAAUUAUUAUUAACUGAAUAUCGUAGGUAUUUAAGACAAUGGUAUGUGAUUGCCAUACUUUGUAGUUGUGGUUAUAGUUAUGGUUGAAAAGGUAUAAUUGUUUUUAGCAUGCUAGACUUGUAGAAUAUAUGUGUUUUUCAUUG